UUGAUAUAAAAGGUUAUCCCAAAGUCGCCAACAAAUCACUUUAAAAUAGUUAAACAAACUGAUGGAAUAGAUAUUUUGCUUGCAUGUUCUAUAAUUUAAAAAAUUUAAUCAAGUAACACUAAUCAACUUCCAGUAUUAUAAAUAAAAAUGAAACUUUUACGUAUUUUGAUAUCAUUUGCCUUGGCAAAUGUGUUAGUAGCUGAAUUAGAUGAAUAUGAUAAGCAGGUUAUCGUUGCAAACGAAUACAUCAAGAGUGCAGGAGCUCAAUUGACGACAGUAAUCAAAAACAUUGUCCUUGGAAAAUUUACGAUGGUGGAAAUGGCUUUAAUGUUGGCAGUACCGGAAACUGAAGAAGAUGUACGAAUAGAGCAUAAAAUGAUAGACUACCAGCAUAUUAUGCAAAAUCAAGUAUGGUAUGUAACAGGAGCUGUAAUACCUAAUAUAAACGAAGACGAUUUUAAAGACGUCCAACUGCCAGAAUUGGGGAAAUCCAGAAGAUUUUACACUAAAGCAGCUGUGAAAGCAUUAAUCCGCGUUGCGCUACGUAAGGACACCACCUUGAGUGUGGAUUUCGAAGAUUUUCCCCAGAUGUGUCGUUUAGUAGGAUUGUACAGAAGUACAAAAUACCUAGAUUCUCUUAUAAAAUCUGCUAAAGUCCGCGGUGAAAUUUGUUUUCUAAAAACUCAAAAUAACAAAACUAGCAAAUACAAAAAAAUUAACGGCAGUAUCUACGAACUGAACAAUGACGAUACUCUAUUUCGGCUUCUUUCUUCUCAAGUACAAUAGUUUGGACCAGAAAUUAUGUAUAAAUAAUUUCCGCAUACCUUCUAAAAUCAAAAUUGUCAACAAAUUUAACAUAAUUGAAAAUAAACAGUCUGAGUCAUGAUUAUGAAA